AGAUUCGGAUAUCAUGGCUAUAUCAAUCUGACACGAUCAGACGAGCGUGUUCGAGUCACUUGAAAUUACCACACUGAACAGUGAACACGUUGUUCAAACUUCACGUGAUCAGAUGUGGCUGCGCAACAAGCCGGCCACGUGGCUCGUGUCGCUGCAAUUGCAGUUUCUCCACGUGCUUGUGUUUGUUGUCUCCCUGCUACCAAUGUUGGCUGACGCCUAACUUUCUCUCCGUCUGUAAUCACGCGACGUGGACGGCCGAAACACCGAAGCGGCCAUAUCAAACCAAGGACAGAAGACGUGCCUGAGGACUCGGGUCUCCGAGCCUAUCUCAGACACUUCUCAGACGCGCUGACCUGCGAAUUGCGACCCAAAAGCAGCACGUAUGGCAACGUUUCCUGCGUGCCAGGCGGGAUACAAAUCCAUCGCGAGGAGCGCCGUCUGUUGCUCGUGGUCCGCCCACCCUGCACUUUCGCCGAGCAGGUCCGAGUCGAUGCGACGCGCUAUCAGGCACCAUCAAGUCAAAUAUCGGAAGACGCUUCGACCUUGGCCCGGCACAAGACGUUCCGCGGCAGAGCGGACGACGCUAUCGCGGAAUCCUGCCUGGGCGGACGGACGGACGGACGGACGGCGACGGGGUGCGAGUCUGGAUCCCUGUCAGAUGGUGGCUCGGGCCGUGGAUUUGGUCAACUCCGAGGCUUGCAGCUGUGCUCUUUUAUCAGCUGAAAGAGACUCUUGGAGGAAGACCCACAGCUUGCCGGCGUCCUGAGCGUGGUGUGGUGCUCCACGGGGAAUGCUCUUCAUGAUGCUCAGCUCCAAAGGGCGUUACCGGCGGAAGCUCUCAGAGUCUUUGAACCAGAUUGCUUGGUUGGCCAAAGCGUUGCGGGGAGAACGAACUGGAAGUGCAGCUCGACAAAAGUCCGAGUGCGACCUUUUUCACUUGUCAAAGGUUGUGUCAGGAGAAACGGACUCAAGAUUAUCGUGUUUGCUUACUCAUGCAGUACGCUCAUCAACAUUCAUGAUGUCAUGUAAACCUCGGGGGCCGACAUCCGGUCUGGUUGAGAAUAGCCUUGCGAGGCACCUCCUCUAGUCGUGCACAAAGGCUCGGGGAAACUGCAGUCCUCUAAUCUAGCCGAAUCGUCCUUCUCUCCGCCUAUAUCCGCAUGCGGCCGCUGAUGACCAUGUCCGCCCUCGCCGUUCCCAUUGUUGUCUAUCUCGAACGCAGGUCUUGCCGGAUCGGAGUCUCCGCGGAUAUAAAUCCGAUGUCGAAUCCAGCCAGUGUGCCUGCUUGUGCGAGCAUUCAGCCCGUCAAUGGCCUGCGGCUACAGGCUGACAGCGAGACUCGGAUGGCGCCCAGCCCAUGAUCAGGUCUCCCAUCCGGUGUUGGGUCCCAUCUCGCUCCCCAGGCACGCCCGCCAGAACCAGCGUGAAUAUUGCUCAGAAGCAUGGCCGCCCCGGGAACCACGUCCUCGUCGCGAUACGUCCUGCCUGCGGUCUCCGCUGAGAAAGAACGUCUCGAACGUCAAUAUCACAUGACCAAAACCAUCUACGGCUGGAAGCGGCCUGUCCCCAACUGCGUCGAUCUGUCCGCCAUCACGAACGUGAUCGAUGUGGCGACGGGGACCGGGAUCUGGUCGUUCGAUAUGGCUGCGCACUGCCACUCGACGUCGCGCAGGCCGGUGCGCGUCUAUGCGUGCGAUAUCAAUCCCGCCAUCUUGCCGUCCCAGCAGGCGACGGAGCCGUGGGGCAUCCAGGCCUUCGUGCACAACGUCACCACGGCCUUUCCAGAGCACCUCCACGCCAAGUUCGAUCUCGUGCAUAUGAGUUUCCUGGCGCUGUGUCUGACUGAACCCGAGUGGGAGAUGGCCCUCGACAACUGCCGAUCGCUGUUAAAGCCCGACGGAAUCCUGAUACUGAAGGAGAUCGACCCCAUAUGUCUUUCCGAGGACCAGUACGCCGCCCGGAUGCGCAUGCACAACCCAGCACUCGACGACCUGCACCAGUACCUCCGCGGCCCAGACUGGAAGCAGCUCGCCAACCGCUUCUACACCGAAUUCGCGCUCAAGAACGAGUUCGUCGUCGGAUUAUCCCAUCGGCUGCCGAAGAUGCUCGCCCGCGCGGGCUUCGCCCUCGCGAAUUCGCACUACGCGCCGCUCGCCGUGGGGAGUGUGUGCCGCUCGCGUGUGGGGGCGACGGGGCUGCCGCUGGCGGAAUACGACGCGCUCACGACGGCCAAUCUGCUGUUCAUCCUGCGGCACACCGCGCGGUCGAUGCUCGAGCGCGGGAUCUUCCCCGAGGACAUCGACCCGGGCCGUUUGGAGGAUGUGUUGGACGAGGUCAGGGCGGGGUUGGAUAGCGAGGGGUGUCUGGUGCCUGCAUUUUGUUUGGUUGCUAGAAGGAGUUGAACGCAAGAUUAAUCAGUGUAUAUCUGCACACAUAACGUGUAAUGUAGGCUUUCCCUUGAAUCCUUGCGAUCCACGACGAUUCCAGCCAGCACAAAAAGAAUAUUCAUCUACAAUCGGGGUCAAUAUAUAUUGGACAUCUUGG